AUGGGAGGCGGAGGACCCAUUAUGAACAUAACGGAAAAGGAAGUUGUAGAUAUCAUUGGAGAUGUGGUGAGGCAUUACAUGGAUUGGCAAGACAGUGAGCGAGAAUCAACAAUCAAGAGUGGCUCUACGGUUUACUCCGUUGAUCACCUCAAUGCCAUCAACAACUUAUCCUCACAAAUCUCAAAUCUAUGGAAGGAGAUGACAUCCAUCAAAGCAAAAUUGGAGAGUUCUUCAUCUCUAACACCUACUUUUCCCUCCAAAAAUAAGGGGAGAGGUACAUCUUCGAACUCUACUCUUCUAUCUACUUCCAAUAAAAUGCCUAGUGUAUGCUUGUUUUGUGAUAUAUGCGGUUCAUAUGAGCAUGAUUCUUCUAAAUACCAUCAUGCUUUUUCAGAUGGGUGUGAUGAUUUUAGUAGUAAUGAGAAUGAGCAUGUGAAUUAUGUGUCUUAUAACAACAAUGGUUCAAGGUUUGAUAACCAAAGAGGCCAAGGGAAUAAGAACUAUCACAACCAAAGAAAUUUUGACAACUAUAACCAAGGUAGUGGUUGUAGGAACCAAGGAAACCAAGGUUUCCGGGUUACCUAUAAUAACCAAGGUUAUAGUGGCCAAAAUCAAGGCCAAGGUUAUGGUCAGCAUAAUCAAGGUUAUGAUAACCAUAAUCAAAGCUAUGGCCAAAAUAUAAAUAGGGGUAAUUGGAACAAUCAAAAUAGGGAAAACUUUCAAAACAAUGCUCAAAGGGGUCCCCCACCCGCUUUUGCUCCAAAGACCCAAGGUCAAGGUGAUGAUUCCCAUGCUCAACCUUCUUUUUCUUCUAGCUCUAAUUUGGAAGAGAUAAUUGAAUAUCAAACCAAGAUUUUGAUCACAUACAUGACGGUUAGUGAUAAGAAAUUCGAUGAAAUGAUGACACAUAGCAAGAUGCUUGAAACUCAAAUCACUCAACUAGGUAACACUUUGAAAGUGAGUGCUAGUUCUACUUCUCUACCCUCUCAAAGGAUUGAACCUAAGAAACCGGUCUAUUCUAUCACUACUAGGAGUGGUAAGGUCUUUGAAGAGAGUGUUUCUAGGAAGACUCAAGAAGUUGAAAGGGUGAGUGAUUAA